AUGAUUUGGUCACCCUUCUUUUCCCUGGCAUUGUUGUGCUUUGGCACAGUUGCCAGGGCAGCAGUUAUCACCGUCAACUGGAACGUCACAUGGGUUUGGGCUUCUCCCGAUGGUUUUGGUAGACCUGUCAUUGGUAUCGACAACCAGUGGCCAUGCCCCAAGCUCGAAGCGACUGUUGGCGAUACCCUCAUUGUGAAUCUCCACAAUGGUCUUGGCAACCAAACAACUGGUCUUCACUGGCACGGUAUCAACCAGUUGCAAACCCCUGAGAUGGAUGGACCUAGUGGUGUCGUCCAGUGUCCCACCCCUCCCGGAUCCACGGUUCAGUACAAGUUCUUGCUCGAUGAGCCCGGCACCUUCUGGUAUCACUCCCACGAAAAGGGACAAUACCCGGAUGGCCUGCGCGGCCCCCUUAUUGUCCAAGAUCCCAAUGACCCCUACAAGGGCAAGUACGACGAGGAGAUUGUCUUGACUGUAUCCGAUUGGUACCAUCAACAAAGCAUCCCGCUUGUGCAGAGCAUGCUCAAUCCUUCCAACACGCGGUUUGCUCCACCAUUGCCGGAUACCAUCUUGGUUAACGACAAGAAGGAUGUCAAGUUCAACUUCGUCAAAGGCAAAACCUACCGCGUCCGUCUCAUCAACAUGUCCGCCUUUGCCUCGGCCUUCCUCUGGAUCGACUCCCACCCGCUCACCAUGAUUAUGAGCGAUGCCACAUACAUCCAAACCGAAACCGCCUACCAUCUACACGCCAGCUCCGCCCAGCGGUACGACUUCCUCAUCUCCGCCAUCGACCGUGACUCCGGCAACUACCCAAUUCUGCUUGCUCUCGACAUCAACCGGGACUUUCGUAACGCAACCCUGGCCCCCAACUUCCCCCACAACCAAACCGCCUGGCUAGUGAUGGACGAAAAUGCUCCGUUCACCCGUCUAACCAACAACAUCGACGUGUGGCGUCCCGCCGACGACACACACUUCAAGCCGCUCGACAACCUCGCCAUGAUCCCGUCCUACGACCACCUCGUGCAGUUCGACUUCCGCUUCUGCCGUGACGCCAACGGCUACCCGCGCGCCUGCUUCAACGGCAAGCCCUUCAUUGGCCAAAAGGUUCCCUCCCUUUAUACGGCGGCAACACUGGUGAUUAACAACCAAGACGCCGGCACCCAUCCUUUCCACUUACACGGGCACCGGUUUCAAAUCCUUGACCGUGCCCGGCCGUACGCGGGUGACUGGCCCGGUCGCGACGUGAACUACAUUUCUACCCCCAACAGGCGUGAUACCGUCACCGUAUGGUCGUGGAGUCACGCCGUGCUGAGGUUCAGGGCGACGAACCCCGGCGUGUGGCUGUUCCAUUGCCAUGUCGAGUGGCAUGUGGAAAUGGGGCUGACGGCGACCUUCAUUGAGGGCCCUGAGGAGCUUAGGGGUCAUCAGUUCCCUGCGGAUCACUUGGAGAAUUGUAGGAUUGGAGGGGUGCCGACGAGGGGAAAUGCUGUGGGGAAUACGGUCAAUCCGUUGGAUACGACGGGGAUGUUGACCAUUUCGCCGACGGUUUAUACUGGCGCCACAUGGAUCCCUCCUGCCGGAAAUACCACCACACCUGCCCGCGAUGGCUCGAUUUCUUCUCCUGCCCGGAGGAGAGCGGCGUCGAGGCUUCAGGGUCGCGAUGCUGUGUUUGGAGAUAGCGAGCUGAUGAUCUAG